AUGGCAUUGUCCCAGUCUUCUUGGUUUCAUCAAGGCCCCAUGCGCCGGCUUAGUGAUACAGGCUCGGUCAUCAACCUGACUCAACCUCAACCUACUAGCUGGGUUGUUCUCGACUCUCUGAAAGAAAAUGUUUCGCAAGUGGCCAAACACAAAGUGACACCCGAUGCACCAUCAUUCGCAAGUUUAAAAUUGCGAUAUACUAACAGCGAGAAAACCGCCAAUGCCAUUAUGCGCAUUUACCUUCAAAUUCCAUAUACCAAUACUGAACUUGAGCCACCUACAACUCGAGCUUCCCAGGCCUCACCCUUCAAACCGAAGGAACUAACCAUAUAUCAGAUGCUCAGUGAAGACCCUGCCUACAAGGAAACCACCCAGCCUGAGGACAAUCUUCAAGCUAUCCCCGGUGGGUUUCUUAUCUUUGUGGUCUGGCAACUCUGA